AUGUUGUUUAACUUUAAGGAAGUCUCGGAAAAUGAAGUCUCUAAACUUUUCGGGGAUCUAAAAGUAGGUGUGGCAUCUGGAGAGGACAAGAUAACGGCUAAAAUGGUGAAGUUAGCAAAACCUUAUUUGAUAAAACCCUUAACAAUGCCAUUAACAACAGUAAUUGUCUUUCUGUUUUUCCGAGGAGAGCCAAACGCGCUACUAUUAUUGGAAGAAUGGAAACAAAAAUUAGAUAAAGAUUACGUAGUUGGUGCAGUUUUAAUGGAUCUAUCUAAAGCUUUUGAUUGCGUGCCUCAUGAUUUACUUAUUGCUAAAUUAAAUGCCUAUGGCUUUAGCCAGGAUGCCCUACUUCUAAUUUUAUCGUACCUUUCUGACAGAGAGCAAUCUACCCGCAUAAAUAAUCAGCAUAAAUGUGAAUCUAAUAUAGCACUAGUGUGGUUGAAAAAUAACAAAAUGAUGGCGAAUCCAAAAACAUUUCAAUCAAUCAUUGUCACCAGAGAUAAAUGUAACAAUUGUGAUUUAGUGGUAAAAAUUGGUGACAAGUUAAUUAAAACAGAAAGCGAAGUUAAAUUACUAGGAGUGACCAUUGAUAAUGGCUUGAAUUUCGACUCUCACAUUUCUAAACUUAUCAAAAAAUCAUCAGCACAAUUGAAUGCACUGUUUAGACUUAGCACGUUUUUAUCUCACAAAGCCAAAUUAGCGCUGGUACAAAGUUUUAUAUACUCUAACUUUAAUUAUUGCCCUUUAGUAUGGAAUUUCUCUUCAUAUAAAUCUUUGUUGAGAAUUGAACAAAUUCAGAAGAGAGCUUUACGUUUCUUAUUAAAUGAUAAUGAUAGUACUUACGACGAACUCCUUUUGAAAGCAGGAAAAUACCAAAUGAGCGUCUAUAGACUUAAAACAUUAUGUACAGAAAUAUAUAAGACUUUGCACGAACUCAAUCCGACAUACAUUAAAGAUAUCUUUAAAUUGCAUGGGAGUGGUAGACCAGUGAGAUCACAAAAUGUUAAUAAUUUAACAGUCCCAAAUAUAGAUACCGUUAGUUUUGGAACAAAAAGUCUCUCUUCCCUGGGGUCAAAAAUAUGGAAUAAAUUACCCAACCACUCGAAAUCCUCAGAGUCUCUUAGUACUUUUAAAAAUGCGAUCAAAAGUUGGAAUGGAAGUAAAUGUUUUUGUGAGUCGGUUUUGAUUAUCACUACUUUUUAG